UACUUCCUGCUAGAGCUUUGGCUUGUUUGUCACAGUACAGAGGUUUCUGUCGCAGCUUAAACAAAAGAUAUAGUUGCAAAACCCGCGCAUAGUGAUUACAAGUGAGUACAGCUGCUGUGCACCAUUUGGUAAGUUUGCCCCCGUGUCUUUCAUCCUAUUUCGACCAUGGCGGAGAUUGAGCCUCUAAAGAAGUCUACAGUGGAAGUGGCUCUGACACGGGUGGAGGUAUCGAAGUGGUUGGACCUGACGGAAAGGAAGUCAUAGAAGAUCAAAAAGAUCGCUGAGGAUGGACAACAGGGACACUGGCAGUCUGAAGGACAAUAAAAAGAUGGAUGCCAACACACUAUGGCAGUGGUGCAUUAAGCAUGUAAAGAAGUACUCCAGACAUCCAGAACCAUUCCAUUACAGCAAUAAAAUGGGACUAGAUUUUAAUGUUGGAUCCAACACACAGAGAAAAUUGGAUUCACAUUCAGUGACAAAUGGUGUCAUACUGGAGGUCUGUGACUUUGCUGAAACAGUAAAGAGGAAUAAAUGGCAUUUUAUCACAAAUAUUCUGGAGAACAAUUUUGAUCUUGGAUUGAAAAGUGAGCAACAGCGGAUUGAGUUCACUUCUCAACUUCUGCACAAAGUCAGACACCUGAUACGAAAACCUCCUGAAGAUAAAGAUGAAGGUUUCACUCUCUUUGACACAUCAUCUGGGCCAGAAUGUACCAGCAAAGACAGAAGUGGACUGAACAUGGCAUCUACAGAAUAUAAGACUGACUGUUUCCUGGUGGACAUGGAUGAUAAGGAUGAAAGUGAACAUGAAGAUAAAUUGAAGUGUUCACGAGCACCAUCUAAAGACUAUAUGAAGAUGGAAGAGAUGGAUGGACCACAUGCUGAUGACAGUGAUGAUGAUGAUGAAUUAGAGUAUUCAGAGCCUCAGUCAACAGAAGAACUGAAAGAGGAUGUUAUUCCUCUCUCAUUCCCCUGUUGUGAAGAAAUUGGUCUGAACCUUGAUGUUGAGUCAAAACAAAGUCUAGAUCCAGGUUUACUGACAAAGGGCAUGAUGUUAGAACUAGUACAGUUCACAAGAACACUGACUGCAUCCUACAGAUCUAUUGUUCUCAGUGUGUUGGAGCAUAAUUUUGAACUUGAUCUUAAAAGUCAACAGGAAAAAAAUCAAGUGUGGUUCAAAGUAUUAGACCUGCUGAAAAGGAGAGAGCGACUUAUCACUGAUUUUAAAAGUGAGCCAUUUACCUCUCAGAAAAAUCCCUGUGAAAAAAGAACAGCUCUGUCCAGUGUGGGAGUCUCACAAUGUCAAUUUAAAGAAGUGAGCAAAAGAAGACAGUCUGAUUUAAGACAUAAACAGGAAAAAAGAGCUCUUUCAACAACUAGAGAACAUGUCUCCAAACGGCGUAGAACAGAACAGGAGGAACAGGAACAGACAAACACACUGUCUCAUCACACUGAUUUGUGGACCAGUCAAACAGCAGAGGAGGACCACAGCUACAUGUGUCCUUUAGCCUCAGACGAAGUCACAGACUCGGAAAAUUAUGAAAAUGCAGAUGACUUACAAAACCCAACAAGUUCUGACAUCCAUAGUGAAUCAGAAUCAAGCUGUGUGGAUACACAUGAACCUUUCCUCUCUUCCACUGAUGGUUCCUCCAGUUUACCAAUUGUAAACUCAAAUGUGAACCUAAUGAAAUGUCAGCCUAAUGAAAGAGGACAGUGUGAAAAUAAAGAGAAGACAGAGAUUCCAAGAAUUGUGCUAUACAAAUGUGACAUGGAAGAAAAGGAAAUGAAAACGGAGAGCAACAUGUGGAAGUUUCGUGUGAACUGUGUAAAACAAAUCCUUUUCUCACUAGACAGUGCAUUGAACCGAGCAAAAAGAUUUGGCCUAGAAUUCAAUGUUGGAUUUGGCCGUAAGCAAAUCUUCACUGUUGACUCUUUGACUAAUCCUAUUCUGCUUGAAAUUGCUAAAUUUGCCUUAGCAAUGAAUUCAUCCCAGCAGGAUUUCAUCAUGGAGAUUCUUGAGUACAACUUUGACUUUGGCCUGUGGAGCGAACUCCAUAGGAAAACCUUUGCAUGUGACGUUAUGAAUAGAGUAAGACAGCUUAAAAAUAGUGAAGAUACAGUAAAACUUUCAAAAGAGGUUUUUGAACUUCCUGGUCUCGUGUCAUCACUUAACAUGGCCAGUCAGAGCAUGGGCAGCGUCAACCCUGAAGUUAGCAGCAUAUCGAGAACAGAGUGUGAUGCUGCUCCCAUGUGUCCUUCUGAUUUACAAGCUGAAACUAAAGAACACAGGGUGGACAUCUAUCCCUUCUGCAAGGACAUUGGUCUGAAGCUAAAUGUAAUCUCCAGUCAGCCACAUAAAAAACUUGAGAUCAACAAAUUGACCAAUGGGGCAAUGACUGAAGUGACAAACUUUGCAGAAAAGUUGUGUGGAACAUUUGAUCAGAUUUGUCUUGACAUCCUCAGACACAACUUUGAUCUCGAUUGGCAAAAUGGAAAUUCUGACCUUGCCAAAACUAUUCUCGCUCGAAUUCCUGUUAUAUUGGAACAAAAAAAUCUAUCAAAUGUAGCAAGCUUCAAGAAAAUAAAGCCAACAAUAAAAGAUUUCUCAGUGAUGGUGAUGGAUUGCCAGAACAACUCAAAUUUAGAUACAUGUAGUACUGGCUCUUCCCAGGCUCCAAUCAUAGACCAAAAUGUAGGGAGUUCCACUGACACUGAACAAGAUAAUGAGCUCAAUGUAUUACUCUGGAAAUUGCGGACUAAUCAAACUCAACAGCUCCUCUCAGUGCCUCAUGGAGAACAUUGCCUAUUUUAUUCCUAUUCCAGAUGCAAGAAAUUAGACAUUGAUUUCAAUGUGGGAUCUGGAGUAAAACAAAAUCUUGAUCCAAAAUUACUGACCAAUGGCAUUAUGGUUGAGAUGAACACUUUUGCUAUAGCACUGCAAUCAGCCCAAAAGGAUUUCAUCACAGAGAUUCUGGAGUACAAUCUUCAUCUGACUUUUAAGAAUGAUCUUUGUCGCAAUGUCUUUGCACAGCAAGUUAUGGAGAAAAUCAGAGCAUCAAAAAGUAAAAAAACUGGUAUGAUGAAAAUGCCCUUUGAGCUCCCUGACUCAAGAUGCAUAGAAUCUACUUAUCCAAACACUAAACUUUGCCCCAAAUGUUAUCAAGACAGAAAGUCUAAGCCUCGUCAGGAUCAUCCUCAUCCACAUGCCAUGACUGACACAGUUUCUGCUGAAGCAAACUGCACAGCACAGAAGCCUACAAAGGAUCUGUCUUCUACUUUCCAAGCAACAGAGGAAACAAUAAUGGAAAGUUACCCACUCUGUAAGAAAAUAGGUUUAAUCCUAUGUGUGGACAAAGACAAUCCAAAAGAUAAACUCGACCCCCGUGUAUUGACACGUGCUACUAUGAUGGAAGUGGCUCAUUUUGCAAAAAGAUUGUGUGGAACAAAACAUAAACUAAUUAAUGACAUUGUUGAACACAACUUCAACUUUGGCAGGCUGAGCCAAGAUAUGAAUCCUGCACUGCUGUUCCAAAGAAUGGUGACAUUACAUAACAAAGGGCCCACAUGGUUCAGUGAUGUUUUUGUUGUUUUUCCAUGGCCACACAGAGAUCCUAGAGAUGUGAGAAAAGUGAAAGAGGCACCUUCCAUGCAGAAAAAUGAAAGGAAGGAAACAAUAAGAAAGAGACAAUUGGCACUGCAAACAAAGAAGGAAGAAGCCAAACUGUUGAGUGAAUCAAUGGAAGCCGUAAAUUCAAAGAAGAAUACCCAGAGUAAUGUAGACUGCUUUCCAGUGUUGUUGAUUGAUAACAUGGAUGCUUUAAAAUCAAGAACAGAAGAGCAGAGUAUUGGAGACUGUUAUCCCAUUUGCACAGAGAUAGGUCUGGACCUAGACAUGACAUCAAAAUCAGGGGACAAAGAAAAACUGGACUUAAAGCUGUUGACUAGAGCUGCAGUGAUGGAGAUCUAUACAUUUCUAGAUAAGAAAGUAGGACACUAUUUCCCAGACUCUCUGUAUGACAUCCUUGACUAUAACUUUGAUAUAAGCUCACAACACUACAGGCAGUGGGAAUUUUCCAUAGCUACAGCAUCCGAAGUCAAAUACAUUGUCAAACACUACCGUAAAAAUUUGCACAGAGCAAAUGAGGUCUUAGAAUUGCCAUUUGUUUUUCAACACAAGUCAUCAAAAAGAUCGGUAAAAAAGAGACAAAAUGAGAAAAGGGCUCAAUCUUCUCUGAAAGAAACAGAUAUCACAACAAAUGAAGAAUGUAGAGCUGCUCAGCAAUUGAGAUACCUUUCAGACGUCAAUCAUGCCCAUCUUCUUGAUGUCAAAACUUACAAGGAACGUUGGGUUAAUGGUGAUUGCACAACAUCCCAAGCAGAUCCCGGGACAAUAGCGCAGAUGACUGGGGGUCCAGUUAGUGGAGGUUGUGACAGUGGUCUCCAUGGAAACAUACAGAUUAAAGAGGAGAACGAUUAUUCACAUUUCGGUGAUAUGAAGCCAGAACCAGUCACUGAGGAAGUAGGUAAACUUGGAGGAUCCCUUGGAUAUACUUUGUUAACCAUAUGUCCAAACUCUGAAAGCCAUAUAAAAAAAGAAUCAGAAACAGAGGAUGCCCAGUACUUCAACCUGGCUGAACCACAAGUAUCUGAAGAAUAUGCCAUGCUAGAUGUAUGUACAAACACUGAGAGCAGUGUGAAAACUGAAUCAGACAGUGAGGGUGUCAAAUGUGUAGUCCCAGUCGAAGCAACAGGAUCAUCAUACUCCAUGGUAACCAUAUGCCAAGACACUGAGAGUACAUUGAUCAAACAGGAGCAAGAAAAUCGGUCAGUCUUCAUUAUGGAGAUGUUUCAAACACAAAGUGAAGUGAACAUCAAACAGGAACAAGAUUCUUAAUAAACUAAAUAUUCGUCCACACAAGGGACUGGUGUAGACACAUUGAUCUAAACAUUGCAUAAUAUUUUCUUUUACAUAUAUUGUAUGUUUUACUGGUCUUCUUUAAAAAAGGAAUAGCUGCUUACUGUUGGAAAUGACAAUAUGUAAAUUACAAAUAAGUGAUCAUUUCUUUAACCUGUGAUGCUAAUGUUCCUGCUCCGUGUCAAUGUUUAAAAUAAUAUUAAUACAUUCCAUAAGAUAUUAUAAAAAGGAAAUUGACUUAGAUCAUGAUGGACUAUUGUAUUUUUUUAUUACUGUUUUACUAUAUUUUAUAUAAAGCAUUUAAAAUGA